GUAAAAUCCUGUGCGCAAGUAAAUGUCAGUUUGAAACAAUUGUGAAAUCUGCCUCCAACGCAGAGAAAUAUUAGCGUGAAAAGGCAUAAUUAAACGAAUUCAUAUAUAUGUAUCAAUUAACAUAGACGCAUUAUCUUAGGUGGAAAACAAUGGAGUUUGAUAAUCCUGGAAGCGAUCAAUGGAAAUCCGAACAGAGAUCUGAUAUUUCGGACUUCAGUGAAGCAGAAAAUAACCAGGGAGACAAGAAGAGUAAAAAGGACAAACUCAUUUUAGGAACGAAGAAGAAAGAGAAGAAGAAGGAGACGAGAUAUGCAACCCUAGGAGAUCCUAGCUCCGGGGAGGAGGAGGAGAAGGACGGAAAGAAGAAAUCUAAAAAGAAAGGUUUUCAAUUCGGCUCCACGAAGAAGGAGAAGAAAGAGAAGAAAGACAAAGACCGGGAUACAAAGGACCAGAAGGAUUCAAGAAAGAAAGAGAAAAAGGACAAAGAGAAAGAAAAGGAGAAAGCCAAACUGAAACUGAAGAAAUUGAAACCUGAGGGAGAUUUUGAAGGUAAGGUUGAGGAUGCCCCUGUCUUUGGAGUUCCGCUUGCCCUUGCUGUAGAGAGGAGCAGGUGUCAUGACGGUAUCAAGCUUCCAGUCGUAGUCAGGGAGUGUAUUGAUUACAUUGAAGAGAACGGUCUCAAAGUUGAGGGAAUAUACAGAUCCUCAGGAGUGAAAUCUAAAGUGAACAAGCUGAAGAUUGCGUACAAUACUAGACAAUCGGUAUCCCUAGCCGGUGCAGAACCUGCAGUGGUUGCUAGUCUACUCAAACUUUUUCUCAGGGAGCUUCCGAACCCUGUUCUCACACAGCAGCUUAUCCCUAGGUUUGAAGAGGUCGCCAAGGUUAAGGAUGUCUCCAAGAUGUUUGACGGAUUGAAUAGUCUUAUUAAGCAGUUACCGGAGUGUAACCGAACUCUGAUUGAAUGGGUACUUGUCCAUAUGAAUCACGUGAUCCAGAAUGAGAAGCAGAAUAAGAUGACGUUACAGAACGUAUCAAUCGUCCUCUCCCCAAGUAUGCAGAUUUCUCAUGGAGUUCUUUAUGGUUUAUUCAAGAACUCAACACGAUUGUUCGGACAUGUUGAGAUAAAGAAAUACGUUCCCCCGAUCAGUGGCCAGAGUGGGGUCAAUUUUCUGCCGGAAUCUCCAGAGGGCAUUGAGGAGGAAAUGAAGAAACAGGAAAGUUUGCUUGAAGAUCUCCACAAAGAGAUAUCACUAGGAGUUGCUAGUAAAGCUACAGAAGAGCAGUUAUGGGAGCAGCAGAGAAUUGUUACACAGCUAAAGCGGAAAUUACGCCUGGCCAAGUCUAGUCAGAAAGGAGAAGAUUCUAAACCUGAACAGGAUGAAGAGAUGAACUUCUCUCUUCAGAAACCUUUGAACUCUUCCCUUACUGAGACUGAGAAGAAAGACGAACCUACGGCGAAGGAAAAUGUUCCUGUAAAUGUCUUAACUGAAAAUAAUUCUAAGCCUGAUCUCAAGGAUACAUUAUCUUCUCCUGAAGAUAAAGAAGAGUCCAAGGAGCAUCGCGUUACAGUUCAGAUUCAUCGGACUGAGAACCUAGACCUAGAGAAGAUUCACCUAUCUGAGAACCCGGAUCAGGAACAAGGACAUGUUACCGUUAUAAAACUAACGGACAAAGAAAAGGAUACAUCUCAGAAAAUAUCUGAAUCUGAACGCAAAGAGGAAAAAUCAGUUUCAGCAGAGAAAAAUCUCUCUCCUGAGAAACCUGAUGAUGAUGUAGAUAGUUCUAUGUUUAAAGCAAGGACUUCACCGGAAGUUCAAAAACCUGGAUUUAAUCAGCCGGAAGUUCAGACGGGGAAACCAGAUCUACCGACGGAGAGUUUAUUAGGAAAGCCGGUUGACAAGCUUAAACCUAAUGUAGGAAUUAAACCGUAUGAGAAUGUUGAGAUAAAGGUUAAAAAGGUUGAUUUUGAACCUAAAGAUAAAGUGGAGGAAAAGAAUGUUGCUAGGACGGGUUUAAGUAAAAGUGAGGAGAAACCAAGUUUAAGAUCAAAUGAUGAAGGGAAGAAUAAGGGAGCUAAACCUGGAGGGUUCCCAAUGCUACCUCCUCCUCCUGGAUCAUUUAAACCUAGUUCUAGAGGAUGCCUAAAACCGUCUAUACUACCCCAACAAGAAAAUAUUAUCAAAUCUAAGAGUCUACCUCGAGGUUUGCCCUCGGAUAUCGGAGCGUUCGACCGAACCUCACAAAACAGAUCCAAGCCUGAGCUAAACCAAACCGAUAGUAAGAAAAACGAGAAGGAGCAGCUGAUCUGGGAGGAACUGAGGUUGAAGUUUGAGUACGAGGAGUUACUGAACCUCAAGAGUGAACUCGAGAGGAAAAGGAAGACGGAACGAAGGGAGGUUGCUGAACUCCAGGAGGAGAUUGCAACUAUGCAAACCCUGUAUCAGUACAGAACAUAUAGUAUCGAUAGCAGUGAAAGCGAGGGGGAGGAGGAACACUAUCAGAUCCAAGCGGACAAGAGACAACUACUUCGCCAACUCACGUUAGAGCAAGCAGACCUUGAGAAGAAAAAGAUGUUUCUUCUCUCUAAACUUGAAGCUGAGCGCAGUUCCUGUCUUCAGCUCCGGGUUCAGAUACGGUUGGAACAGGAGAGAUUAAAAAGACGAGGAUUAUAAAAAAAUACCAACUAAAAUGGCAUUUGCAUUAAAAUCAUCGAAUUAUUCAGCUUACUUUUUGUUACUUCGCAAAAAAUUUAAUUUAAAUAUUUAGAGAAUUAUUAAACAUUUUGUUUGCAUGGUUUAUUUAAUUCUUUUCCACCUGUGAUAUAAAUUUCUAAAGCGAAGAUAUUCUCAGCUAUUUGAUUAAAUGAAUAAUAUUAAUUCAAACUUUGUAAUUUUAUCAGACUUUAUUCCAGA